UUUUUGAGAGUAGAGAGUAAAAUUAGAAUUUCACAAAUUCCCUCAGCUGUCUCCUUCGUCGUUGAAACUUAGCUCAGUAAUUUGGUGUACUCUCCUCUCAUCAAUGGCCGCCAUUUUCAGAUAUUGAGAGCAUAGAUUCGCAGCGACUACACUCGAAAUGUUUCGAAUUCUAGGGCUCAAAAUCUUCAGUCCUAGCAGCAGGCGGAUUGCAGUCGCCACCUCUUUCUUCAACAAUCUAGGGUUUCAGCGGGACGACAAGUUCUUCUCAGUUCUUGCCGACAAAGGAUCGUUUGAACGUUCUUCCAUAGUUUUGUACCUCGUCAAUUCAUGCGGAAUGGCAUCAGAAACUGCGCUGGAUGUGGCGGCCAAGGUAAAUUUCAAAACUCCGAGCGAGCCAGAUUUGGUCCUUUCGCUUCUCCGAAGCCAAGGACUGACCAAAACGCAGAUUUCCAAGGUAAUUAAGAUUUUCCCGAGUUUGCUAUUCUUUAACUCUGAUAGAACACUUUUGCCCAAAUUUGAAUUUCUGCAUUCCAUUGGGCUUUCUAAGUCAGAAUGUGCUGUAAUUGUUUAUUCAUGUCCGUUUCUUUUGGGGAGUAGCUUGAAGAACCAUCUAAUCCCCUGCUACAACUACCUUAAAUCUGUACUUGUCGAAGAUGAAAAGGUCCUCAAAUGCCUUAAGCGUUCUCCCAGGGCAUUUCGCCAGGAUUUGCGAGGCAAAAUAGCUCCAAACAUUGCAUUUUUACGAACCUCUGGAGUGUCUGAAGUUGCAAUUUCGUAUCUGGUUUCAAAUUUUCCUGAUUCUGCAUUCCUUAACCAUUCCAAAUUCUGCAACAUUGUUAACCGAGUUCGAGACCUGGGAUCUGACCCUUCAAAAAUUGUAUUUGUUGAGGCCAUUAGAGUGCUCUCUGGGAUGACUUCUUUAACCUGGGAAAGAAAAUUUGAAGCUUACAGGAAGUGUGGUUGGUCAAAGGAUCAGACCCUCUUAGCUUUUAAAAAGUAUCCACCAUGUCUGAUUCUGUCUGAGGAGAAGAUCUUCAAAACUAUGGAGUUUUUUGUGCAGAAAAUGGGGUUAAAGCCAGAGGAUAUUGCUACAAGACCUACAGUGAUGGUCUUUAGUUUGGAGAAGAGGAUAAUUCCAAGGUGUUCAGUUGUUCAAAGUCUUUAUUCAAAAGGUUUACUGAAGAAAGAACUUAUCAUUACUAGUAUUUUACAUCCUACAGAGAAGACUUUCUUGGAGAAGUAUGUGACCAAGUUUCCAAAAGAUGUUGCUUGGUUAUUGCAUUUGUAUACUGGGGAGGUCAAAGUUUUUGAUGCUUAACUUGAAAGUUCUUGAUUCAUUCAUUGUUAUACUUGUGGCCCAUUUACUUGGGCUGAAUUCUAAUUUAUUGGCUUAUUUCUGUCUCUGGUUGAAGGAAAGCCUUUUCCA